AAACAAUAAAGAAAAGGGAAAGGAGAAAGUUUCAUUGAUCUCUAAGUACGAAAAUCUCCCUCAUAACUCACUCUCUCUUGUUCGUUUCAAAACCCUUUUUGUUUGUUGCUUUCUCUCUCUAGAUUUGCUUCAUCAUUAGCCUAAUUCAUCACUUUGCUUAACGGAUCGAUCUAACAUUCGCAACUUCAAUUAGAUCCCUCUCACUUCAAUCGGAUCAAACUCCUUUUUUCUGUUUCGACUUAAGGCCUUGUUUGGCACACAGCGGAAGCUUAAAGGAAAUGAAAAUCCCUUGCUGUUCGGUUUGCCAAACGCGGUACAACGAGGAGGAGCGAGUUCCGCUGCUGCUCCAAUGUGGACACGGAUUCUGCAAAGAGUGCCUUUCUAGAAUGUUCUCUGCAUCGCCCGACGCAACGCUCACAUGUCCACGAUGCCGCCACGUGUCAACCGUCGGGAACUCCGUACAGGCUCUGCGAAAGAAUUACGCUGUUUUGGCACUCAUCCACUCCGCCGCCGCCGGAGCUCGAGGUGCUGCUGGAGGCUCGAAUUUCGACUGCGACUACACCGACGACGAUGACGAGGAUGAGGACGGUGGCGGAAGCGGGGACGAUGAGGACGAUUAUGACGGUGAUGACGAGGAGAAGGUGUUGAGAUGUGGACGGCGGUGAUCGGAGGAAGCGGAGGACGGUGCCGGCACCAGGUGGCGGUUAAGAAGGUGGCGGUGAUGGAGGGGAUGGAUUUGGAGUGGAUUCAGGGGAAUCUCGAGAAUUUGCGGAGAGCUUCGAUGUGGUGCAGGAACGUGUGCACUUUCCAUGGAGCAAUGAAGCAUGAAGAGAGCUUGUGCCUUGUGAUGGAUAGGUGCUAUGGAUCGGUUCAGUCUGAGAUGCAGAGAAAUGAGGGCAGGCUCACUUUGGAACAAGUCCUAAGAUAUGGAGCAGACAUUGCAAGAGGGGUUGUUGAGCUUCAUGCUGCUGGUGUCGUUUGCAUGAAUUUAAAACCUUCCAAUCUUCUUCUUGAUUCAAAUGGUCACGCUGUAGUUUCUGAUUAUGGACUUGCUACAAUUUUAAAGAAGCCUUCCUGUUGGAAGGCGCGGCCGGAGUGUGACUCCUCAAAGAUCCACUCUUGUAUGGAAUGUAUAAUGCUCAGUCCACAUUAUACAGCACCCGAGGCUUGGGAACCUGGGAAGAAGUCACUAAAUAUUUUCUGGGAUGAUGCAAUAGGUAUAUCUCCCGAGUCAGAUGCAUGGAGUUUUGGUUGUACAUUGGUUGAGAUGUGCACGGGUGCCAUUCCUUGGGCUGGCUUAAGUGCAGAAGAAAUUUAUCGUUCAGUUGUUAAAGCCAAGAGACUUCCUCCACAGUAUGCCAGUGUAGUUGGUGGUGGAAUUCCAAGGGAAUUGUGGAAGAUGAUUGGAGAGUGCUUGCAAUUCAAGCCAUCUAAAAGGCCUACAUUUAAUGCAAUGUUAGCAAUAUUUCUCCGCCAUUUGCAGGAAAUACCGCGCAGCCCUCCUGCAAGCCCUGAUAAUGACUUUGUCAAACGCUCUGUGUCUAAUGUUACUGAACCAACCCCAGCCCCUGAAUUAGAUGUCCCUCAAGAAAUGCCAAACCCAAACCAUCUUCACCGCUUUGUGUCUGAAGGGGAUGCCGCAGGAGUUAGAGAUCUUCUUGCGAAGGCUGCAUCAGAAAAUGGCAGCGAUUACAUAUCUUCUCUACUGGAAUCUCAAAAUGUUGAUGGGCAAACAGCUCUUCACUUAGCUUGUAGGCGUGGAAGUGCAGAGCUUGUCGAGGCCAUUUUGGAGUAUAAAGAGGCUAAUGUUGAUGUCUUGGACAAAGAUGGAGAUCCUCCUCUUGUUUUUGCUUUAGCAGCUGGCUCUCCAGAUUGUGUUCGUUGCCUCAUCAAAAGAAAUGCUAAUGUGACAUCAAGACUGAGGGAUGGCUUGGGCCCAUCUGUCGCUCAUGUUUGUGCUUAUCAUGGACAACCAGAUUGUAUGCGAGAACUACUAUUAGCUGGAGCUGAUCCUAAUGCAGUGGAUGAUGAAGGAGAAUCUGUAUUGCAUAGGGCAGUUGCUAAGAAGUAUACAGACUGUGCCAUUGUAAUAUUAGAAAAUGGAGGCUGUAGAUCAAUGGCCAUUAUGAACUCAAAGAACCUGACACCGCUACACUUGUGCGUGGCAACAUGGAAUGUUGCUGUUGUGAAGCGAUGGGUGGAAGUUGCAACUUCAGAUGAGAUUGCUGAAGCAAUUGACAUACCGAGCCCAAUUGGAACUGCCUUGUGCAUGGCAGCAGCUUCUAAGAAAGAUCAUGAAAGCGAAGGGAGAGAAUUGGUGCGGAUACUGCUUGCGGCAGGAGCGGAUCCGUCUGCUCAAGAUUCACAGAAUGGGAGGACAGCUUUGCAUACAGCUGCUAUGACAAAUGAUGUGGACUUGGUCAAGGUAUUUGAAGCACUUCUUGACUAAAAUAAUUAAGUAUCCCUUUACUUGGCAUUAGCUAGGGGUGCAAAGGCAUCUGUUGGACUGCUUCUAGCUGCUGGGGCAGAUUACAAUUUGCAGGAUGAUGAUGGUGACAAUGCUUUCCAUAUAGCAGCAGAGACAGCCAAAAUGAUACGUGAAAAUCUUGACUGGCUCAUUGUUAUGCUAAGGAAUUCCGAUGCUGAUAUUGAAGUCAGAAACCACAGUGGCAAGACACUACGUGACAUCUUGGAGGCCCUUCCCCGAGAAUGGAUAUCUGAAGAUCUGAUGGAGGCACUCAUGAAUAGAGGAGUUCAUCUUUCUCCUACAAUAUUUGAAGUGGGAGACUGGGUGAAAUUUAAAAGAACUGUCACAGCUCCUACCUAUGGGUGGCAAGGUGCUAGACCAAAGAGUGUUGGAUUUGUGCAAAGUAUUCAAGAUCGUGAUAAUCUCAUUGUUUCAUUUUGCUCUGGAGAAGUUCAUGUUUUGGCAAAUGAAAUUGUAAAACUCAUUCCAUUAGACCGAGGGCAACAUGUACAGUUGAAAGAAGAUGUGAAAGAGCCCAGGUUUGGUUGGCGUGGGCAGUCACGUGACAGCAUUGGAACAGUGUUAUGUGUUGAUGAUGAUGGAAUUCUCCGUGUUGGGUUCCCUGGAGCAUCAAGGGGAUGGAAAGCUGACCCUGCAGAGAUGGAACGGGUUGAGGAAUUCAAGGUUGGAGACUGGGUUCGGAUUCGUCCUACUCUUACAUCAGCUAAACAUGGAUUAGGAUCCGUUACACCUGGAAGCAUUGGCAUUGUAUAUUGUAUCAGACCAGACAGUAGUCUAUUAAUAGAACUCAGCUAUCUUCCAAAUCCAUGGCAUUGUGAACCAGAGGAGGUGGAGCAUGUUGCUCCUUUUAGGAUUGGUGAUCGCGUCUGUGUGAAGCGUUCUGUUGCAGAACCUAGAUAUGCUUGGGGUGGUGAGACACAUCAUAGUGUUGGAAGGAUAAGCGAGAUUGAGAAUGAUGGUCUCCUAAUAAUUGAAAUACCAAACCGACCCAUACCAUGGCAAGCUGAUCCAUCUGAUAUGGAGAAGGUGGAAGAUUUCAAGGUUGGAGAUUGGGUCAGAGUGAAAGCUUCAGUUCCUGCUCCAAAGUAUGGAUGGGAGGAUACUAACAGGAACAGUAUUGGGGUAAUCCAUAGCUUGGAGGAAGAUGGUGAUAUGGGUGUCGCCUUUUGCUUCAGAAGCAAGCCUUUUUCUUGUUCAGUAACUGAUGUGGAGAAAGUUCCUCCUUUUGAGGUGGGACAAGAAAUUCACGUGAUGCCAUCUGUUUCUCAGCCACGACUUGGAUGGUCAAAUGAAUCACCAGCUACUGUUGGGAAAAUAGCAAGAAUUGACAUGGAUGGUGCUCUUAAUUUGAAAGUCACUGGUAGGCAAAGCUUGUGGAAAGUUUCUCCUGGAGAUGCAGAACGACUUCCUGGAUUUGAAGUUGGGGAUUGGGUACGCUCUAAACCAAGCUUGGGGAAUAGACCAAGUUAUGACUGGAAUACUGUCGGAAGGGAAAGUUUAGCUGUUGUGCAUAGUGUACAGGAUUCUGGAUACUUGGAGUUGGCUUGUUGUUUCCGUAAAGGGAAGUGGAUCGCUCAUUACACAGAUGUUGAAAAGGUUCCCAGCUUCAAAAUUGGGCAAUAUGUUAGAUUUCGAAAUGGUCUGGUUGAACCAAGGUGGGGUUGGAGAGGAGCUCAGCCUGAAUCUCAGGGUGUUAUAACCAGCAUUCACGCUGAUGGCGAAGUUAGGGUUGUUUUCUUUGGCUUGUCAGCAUUAUGGAGAGGAGAUCCUUCAGAUCUACAGAUUGAACCAAUGUUCGAAGUUGGAGAAUGGGUGAGGUUGAAGGAUAAUGCAAAUAGUUGGAAAUCGAUUGCACCGGGUAGUAUUGGUGUUGUACAUGGAAUAGGGUAUGAACAAGACGACUCAGACAGAAGCACUUAUGUUGGCUUUUGUGGGGAGCAAGAAAAGUGGGUAGGACCAACCUCCCAUCUCGAAAGAGUUGACAAACUCUUUGUUGGACAGAAAGUUAGAGUUAAGCAAUGUAUAAAGCAACCAAGAUUUGGUUGGUCAGGGCACACCCAUGCUAGUAUUGGAACCAUACAAGCAAUCGAUGCUGAUGGAAAGCUCCGAAUAUACACUCCAGCCGGAUCGAAGACAUGGAUGCUGGACCCAUCAGAAGUGGAGGUGGUGGAAGAGAGGGAGCUUCGUAUCGGAGACUGGGUAAAAGUUAAAGCGUCAGUUUCAACCCCAAUCCACCAGUGGGGGGAGGUGAGUCACUCGAGCAUUGGAGUGGUGCACCGGAUGGAAGAUGGAGAUCUGUGGGUGGCAUUCUGCUUUAUGGAGAGACUCUGGCUUUGCAAGGCAUGGGAAAUGGAAAGGGUUAGACCAUUCAAAGUGGGGGACAAGGUAAAAAUUAGAGAUGGACUCGUGGCACCGCGCUGGGGAUGGGGAAUGGAAACGCAUGCAAGCAAGGGACAGGUGGUAGGAGUAGACGCAAACGGCAAACUGAGAAUAAAGUUCCGGUGGAGGGAAGGUAGGCCUUGGAUUGGGGACCCUGCUGAUGUUGCCCUUGAUGGAAACUGAUAUGGUUGCUACUUUAGGAAAAUGGAAGCUUGUAUUUAACAUGAUUUUCACAUUCAGCUCCUUAGGCUAUGCUUUUUCAGGGCCUGAGCUUAUGCAGAAAGCUUUAUUCUUGCUGCUAUUUCAGAUGGUGGUUCUCAUCAUGGGACCUUUUUCUCUAAAUAUUGGAAUGCAGUUGGAUAGGAUUUGUGCAGGGAAAGUUGGUUGCCUUUUGACCUAUAUAUGGAGAGCAAAUUUCGGCAUAUGGCCCCAUUUAUAUUCAUUACUCACAUAUAAGUCUGUAGUCCCAGAUUUUGAGGUGUAUAUUUAUAAAUAUAUAUAUGUUUAUUUGAUAUUGUUGUACAAAUCAUACUCACAACUUAAUGCAUUUUUUGACUCACCUC